UACUAUAGCUAGUACACACCGGUAGACAGUGUCCUUCGUCCCUGCCUGUCGGCCACUGUUUUCCUGCAGUUCUGUUAAAGACGGCGAGGGACACAGUGUGUUAGCUUAGACAGCUUGUCCUAAGGAGGACUCUUGUACACAGGAGGCGAGAGCGACACAGUGUGCUAGCUAGUAGACAGUGUCGCCCCAUCCUGCUCUGUACUGGAGUAGCUAGCGGAGCCCAGUGAUACAUGAACCAUGGCUGAGCCAAUGGAGAAUGGCUUGUUUGACAUUCCUGACUAUGACAACAUAGAUGACGAGACCUUUCCUCCUCUGCCCCCUCCCUUCUCACCAGGAGAGGGAGGAGAUCCUUUUACAGGGGAGGAGGACGGAGAGAUCUCCAAGCUGGCCGAAGUCCCUGCUGCCAAGAGGAGAGGCGUCAAGAGACCACAGCCUAAACUGGACUCUCAGAGGCUGACGUCAGAAAGAGGACUUCCGGCUCUUCGCACCCUGUUUGACAACGUUCAUUUCAAAGGCAAAGGACAUGAGGCUGAGGACUUAAAGGUGCUGAUGCAGAGGAUGGAGAACUGGGCUCACAGGCUGUAUCCCAAACUACAGUUUGAAGACUUCAUAGACAAACUGGAGACACUUGGCAGCAAGAAAGAAGUCCAGACGUGUCUCAAGAGAAUACGGUUGGACAUGCCGCUGAUACAUGAAGACUUCAUAGGAGACGACGGUGAGGACGACGUCGUGGCGUCGAGAGACGGACGUGUCGUCACCCAUGACGACCCAGACCCGUUUGGAGACGGGGGUUUCGCUGAAGACCCCCCAGGACUGGUCCCCUCGACCCCAGCCCCCUCCCUGUUCCCUUCCUCCCAGGCUGGCCCGGUCCACUCCACCCCGGCCCCCUCCCUGUUCCCUUCCUCCCAGGCUGGCCCGGUCCACUCCACUCCGGCCCCCUCCCUGACAGAGGAACAGCAGAGGCGUAUAGAACUCAAGAGACGGCUUGCCUUAGAGAGGAGACUGGCCCGCAUGCAGCAACACACAGAUGGCUCCCAGGAGAUUACCUCCAGCCAGUCAGCAGACGGACCCUCUACCCCCCAGUCCCAGGAGAUGGCCUCCACCCAGUCAGCAGACGGACCCUCCACCUCCCAGUCCCAGGAGAUGGCCACCCAGUCAGUAGACGGACCAUCUACCUCCCAAUCCCAGGAGAUGGCCUCCACCCAGUCAGCAGACGGAACCUCUACCUCCCAGUCCCAGGAGAUGGCCUCCACCCAGUCAGCAGACGGACCCUCUACCCCCCAGUCCCAGGAGAUGGCCUCCACCCAGUCAGCAGACGGACCCUCUACCCCCCAGUCCCAGGAGAUGGCCACCCAGUCAGUAGACGGACCCUCUACCUCCCAGUCCCAGGAGAUGGCCACCCAGUCAGCAGACGGACAUUCUACCUCCCAGUCCCAGGAGAUGGCCUCCACCCAGUCAGCAGACGGACCCUCCACCAGGUCCUCCUCACACCUCUUCCCCAGCCAGCAGCAGGAUGGGGAGGAUGAAGACCCGGACCAGGGAGACCCAGAGGACCAGGACCAGAGCAGACCAGACCACCCCAGGGACAGAGCUCUAAACACGGCCCUCCCUGCUGAGGCGGACUCCCUGGUGUGUGAGGGAGCAGUAGCCAGCCCUGUUCCUGAGAUGAGCAACGAUAGCAGCGACUGAGAUACACACGGAGGACAGAACCGCUGACCCCCCCCACAGAGCUGCUGACC